GCCAAUGAAAUGACAGGAGGAAAAUGACAGGGAAGACUGGAGAGGUCAAAACGGUUGGCUCAGAUUCAUAAUCAUAAUCAUAUUCAUAUUCAUAGUCUUUCUUACUUCAAACCUCAACUUCUCUCUUCACAUUUUACACUUCCCUCCUCACUGACUUCACCAGGACGAUUUUCAAAGCUCAAAAAUGGUGCCCAAAAUACCAUGGAUUUUCUCCCUCUUUCUCUUCUGCCUCACUGUCUCAAGCCAAAACCCAGCUGAAUUUCUGACUGUUCGCUCAAACCCAAACCAGAAUGUAGCUUCCAUGGCAGCAUCAGUCAACACCCAAGAUCUCAUCCAAGUUUCAAGUAGUGUUUUAAUGGCUGAAAUAUGGCUUAGAAACCAUGUCUUAUCUUAUUACCCAGCUCUCAACAUUACCCACAUUGUAAUAGGUCAUGAUCUCUUUUGUUCUUCACAAACCCACCACCAUUUUCAUCUUCUAAUCUUACCUGCUUUACAAAAUUUUCACCAUUCUCUCAUAAGAUGGGGUUUACACACAGAUAUUAAGGUUUCUCCUUCAUUUUCAGCUCACUGUUUGGAAGAGUUUUCCCCUGAUUUUGCUUAUUCUCUCUUUAAUCCACUUCUAGACUUUCUCCACUCAACAAACUCAUCUUAUAUGAUAAACCCAUCAUCAAAAUCACCCACAAGUAAUUCUAACCAAAAGUUUGAAACUUUGGUUAAUACACACUUCAAAUUCCUCAAAAAGAUUGGAUUUUUAACCUUAAAAAACCCUAAUUUCAUGAUGGUUUUACACCCUUUACCAGAACAACCAAAACCCACAAUGAGGAAACUAUCAUAUGUUCUUCCAACCCCAUCACCAGAACAACUUCCCAUAGCCAAAGGGCCUGAUACACUUCCACCUCUAGUUGGUGUUGGGCCCACAAUUUCUCCACCAAGCCCAGUAUCAGCCAACCCACAUUUGGGUAUGAGCCCAACAUACUCCCCUUAUCCUCACCAUCAUCAUCACCCACACCCACACCUCCUUCCACCCUGCAAUCCGAGCCCACCACAGGCACAACCUGCACCAGGCCCAGUGACUGAGCAACCACCCACUUGGGAGAAAGUGUGGUGUGUGGCAAAGCCUAGUGUGCCUGCAGAAACAUUACAAGAAGCAAUGGAUUAUGCAUGUGGAGAAGGAGGAGCAGAAUGUGAUGAAAUUCAGCCUAAUGGAAAUUGCUAUUAUCCUGAUACUAUUGUUUCUCAUGCUUCUUAUGCAUUUAAUAGUUAUUGGCAGAAAACUAAAAUUAAUGGUGGUACUUGCAGUUUUGGUGGCACUGCUAUGCUAAUCAAUUCUGAUCCUAGUUUUCUUCAAUGCAGAUUUGUAGUGGUUUGAUUUGAAGAUGUUUUUGGUACUAAAUUGCUAAUUAGGAUUAAGAUGAGAACCUAUUUUUGUUAGUUUUGGAAUACCAAAGCU